CGCGGCGGCGGUGGCGGGGCCCGCAGAGCGCCGAGGGCGGCGGGCGCGGGGCCGACAUGGGCAAAAUGGCGGCGGGCGGCGGCGGCGGCGGCUCGGGCCGCUACUACGGCGGGGGGGGCGGCGGAGACGGCGGGCGGGCCCCCAAGCGCCAGAAGACCGAGAACGCCGAGCCCCCGCCGCACGGCCCGGGGGGGCCGGGGGGGGGCGGCGGCGGAGGGCCCGGGGCGGCCGGAGCGGAGAACUACGACGACCCCCACAAGACGCCGGCCUCCCCCGUGGUGCACAUCCGCGGGCUGAUCGACGGCGUGGUGGAGGCCGACCUGGUGGAGGCCCUGCAGGAGUUCGGCCCCAUCAGCUACGUGGUGGUGAUGCCGAAGAAGAGGCAGGCGCUGGUGGAGUUUGAGGAUAUUUUGGGGGCCUGCAACGCCGUCAACUACGCGGCCGACAACCAGAUCUACAUCGCCGGGCACCCCGCCUUCGUCAACUACUCCACCAGCCAGAAGAUCUCGCGCCCGGGCGACGCCGACGACUCGCGGGGGGUCAACAACGUGCUGCUCUUCACCAUCCUCAACCCCAUCUACUCCAUCACCACGGACGUGCUGUACACCAUCUGCAACCCGUGCGGCCCCGUGCAGAGGAUCGUCAUCUUCCGCAAGAACGGCGUGCAGGCCAUGGUGGAGUUCGACUCGGUGCAGAGCGCGCAGCGCGCCAAGGCGUCCCUCAACGGGGCCGACAUCUACUCGGGGUGCUGCACGCUGAAGAUCGAGUACGCCAAGCCCACGCGCCUCAACGUCUUCAAGAACGACCAGGACACGUGGGACUACACCAACCCCAACCUGAGCGGCCAAGGCGAGCCCGGCGGCAACCCCAGCAAGAGGCAGCGGCAGCCCCCCCUCCUCGGGGACCACCCAGCGGAGUACGGUAAGGCCUGGGGCACCGGGGGGGAGGGGGUCACAAUGAGGGGGGGGCACCGGCGUGGGUCCCAACCUUUCUCCGUGCCCCCCCCUCAUGCAGGAGGCCCCCAUGGCGGCUACCACGGGCACUACCACGACGAGGGCUACGGCCCCCCCCCGCCCCACUACGAAGGCCGGAGGAUGGGACCCCCCGUGGGGGGGCACCGCCGGGGUCCCAGCCGCUACGGCCCCCAGUACGGGCACCCGCCCCCCCCGCCACCCCCCCCCGAGUACGGCCCCCACGCCGACAGCCCCGUGCUGAUGGUUUACGGCCUGGACCAGUCCAAGAUGAACUGCGACCGCGUCUUCAACAUCUUCUGCCUCUACGGCAACGUGGAGAAGGUGAAGUUCAUGAAGAGCAAGCCGGGCGCGGCGAUGGUGGAGAUGGCCGACGGCUACGCCGUGGACCGCGCCAUCACGCACCUCAACAACAACUUCAUGUUCGGGCAGAAACUCAACGUCUGCGUCUCGAAGCAGCAGGCCAUCAUGCCCGGGCAGUCGUACGGGCUGGAGGACGGCUCGUGCAGCUACAAGGAUUUCAGCGGCUCGCGCAACAACCGCUUCUCCACGCCCGAGCAGGCGGCCAAGAACAGGAUCCAGCACCCCAGCAACGUGCUGCACUUCUUCAACGCCCCCCUGGAGGUGACCGAGGACAACUUCUACGAGAUCUGCGACGAGCUGGGCGUCAAGCGGCCGUCCUCCGUCAAGGUGUUUUCGGGGAAGAGCGAGCGCAGCUCCUCGGGGCUGCUCGAGUGGGAGUCCAAGAGCGACGCCCUGGAGACCCUCGGCUUCCUCAACCACUACCAGAUGAAGAACCCCAACGGGCCGUACCCCUACACGCUCAAGCUCUGCUUCUCCACGGCGCAGCACGCCUCCUAAGCGGCCCCCCCGCGGGGCCCCCCCGCCCCCCCUCGGUUUGGUUCAUUUUCCUUUUUUUUUUU